AUUUUGUAAUUCAGUAAUUGAUUCAUCAGUGCCUGAGUAGGUGGAAGGAUGUGUGUUGAUUUGUGUUUGAAUCCAGCAGACAGAUGCAGAUUUCAGAGAAAAAUGUCCAUAUUAAACCUAGGCAUAUUAAACCUACCAAAUCAAGCAAAUAUGUGAUCUCCAUAAGGUUAAUUAGUUAACUUGGAAAAUAUGAAAAUAAAAUAUGUGUGUCAUUUUUCUGACUUUGAAUUCUUAGAACAUAUUGAUAGCAAACACACACAAGAAAAAUGAAAAUCAAAAAACUUUAAAUUGUGAAUUAAAAAUAAUCUCCAUUAUCCCAAGCAUGAUAAGAGGCAUCUUAUUAACUGAAAUCACUUUACAGCAACAAGAACUCACCUUUUUAAUAUGGGUUUAUCCAUUGUACAGUAAAUAGAAACUCACACUCUACAGUAAACACAAUAGUUAUUGAUUAUCCUAAAUUGCCUAUAUGGAAAUAUAUUUUUGCAAGUUUUGUGAUGAAGUAUUUGUGGAGCAUUAAAAUUUGUACGGCAAACUUUCUACUAUGUUUGUACAUCUAAACAAUUGGUUUAAACUGGAAUCACUGCUCUUAUUAUUUUUGUUUUAUUUACUUUUUAUUUUUGGUGUAUACAAAAAUCAGUUGUGGUCAUUCAUCAUCGCUAACUGCAUUGUUGACUUCAAUCUGUUCUUUUAUUAAAAGAAUAACAGAUAAGGAUAAUAACAUUUAAAGCCUUACAGCAAGUGUAACAAAUGCACAAGCAUCUGGUUUAAGUGAUGUUUUUUUUUUCUUUCUGCCUUUUGUAUCUGUGCAGGUUUUCAGCAACUGUUUGCUAAAAGCAGCGUCCAAUAAAUUAUAGAUGGAGAUAAACGUCAGGUUUCAUCCAAAUGUCUUUUUUUUAGUGAGCACCUCCUCACAGAUGCAUCCAAUACAUCACAAAGACAUUUUAUGAUAUAUAUUUAAUGCCUCUCCAAGCCUGGCGGUGAUCUCAGCAUAUGUGAGCACUUAGCCAGCUCCAUUAGUUGUGUUUUGUGUCCCAUUAGUCCGUAAAUGUGUCACACCUGCAAAGAGGGGAUUAUAAUCCUGACAGCAGCCUUGUACAACACCUAUAAAAUCCCCCCCUGGCUAAUGCACCACAUGCUAACAAGGAAAACACAGAGGUGAGAUAGUCUUCAAUGAAGUUGGGUGAAUGUCCAUGAACUUAUAACUGUUGUUUUGAUUAACUCUGGUCUAAAUUAUAGUCUGCUUGCGCACUGUGAUCAGUUAGUUUGCAUCCGUGGGCUGCGGAGCUGUGACAUUAUUGUUUUUAUUACAUAUUUGGCUUUCCCUGCAGCUUUAAUGAAGGCAAGCAGCAGAGUUAUGGUGCAGGUGCUGUUGUUGGCAUUGCUGGCUCAGGUCACUCUGUGCCAGCACUGGUCCUAUGGAUGGCUACCAGGUGGAAAGAGAAGCGUGGGAGAGCUUGAAGCAACCAUCAGGAUGAUGGGCACAGGAGGAGUUGUGUCGCUUCCUGAAGAGGCGAGUGCCCAAACCCAGGAGAGGCUCAGGCUGUACAAUAUUAAUGAUGGCUCCAGCCAUUUUGACAGAAACAAAAGGUUCCUGGAUAAAUAAAGGAGCAUCAAAAAGAAGACAAACUGUAUUAUAAUCAACGCCAUGGACUGUCUACUCUGACUUCAGAUUUUUUCUUGUUUUCAAGACAUAAAAUGCAUGUCAUUAGUGUCAUUAUAAAUCUAUUAUAAUAAACAUUUG